AUGUCGUUCCAGCCGGCGUUUAACGCAAGGCUAAUCGCCGAGGUAAAGAAGCAUCCUUGUCUCUAUAAUCACUCUAAAAGAGGCAGUGGUGAUACGAUGGAACGGAUGCGGAUAUGGGAAAUGAUCGCCGCCGCAGUUGACAGCAACUGUUCAGAAGCGAUGGCUACAGUUGAGGGAUCGCUAUCGGAAGGAGCUCAAGACAGCAAUAAGCACAAUUUUGUGACACCUAUUCGAUGGUGCUAUUUCUCGCAUUUGUCGUGGCUUGAUCCCUACCUGAAGGACAACCUCGUCCUAUCGGCAUGUGACGGUUACGGUGACAACAGUGAUGGCUACUCCAACUGCGUUGACGGUCUCUCAUUGGGCAAUGUGAAGACGGAACUGGACGAUGGUGAUUGCGAACAGUCAACAUCACUGAUGGAGGCAUCCGUAAUCGAUCGCCUGCUUGCUUCAACUCAUCAAAUAAGCAGGCAACAUAAAGACCCCUCCGAGGACUUGAGUUCAACUCCGGCUGGUGCAGAAGAAGAGCCAAAGGUCGAUGGUGGAAAAAGCGAAGAUGUCACUGUUACAAAAGAGGCGAGCGAGAAAAAAUGCGAAAGGACCGAAGCUCCGAUGCAGGUGAGUUUCAAGUGA